GCACGCGUCACACAAUAAACACGACAUCAUACCCCCCUCAGCAUUGUUGCGGUUGCGCCUCCUCUUCUUCGAAGGCUACCAUCAUGGCGGACUCGUCACAAGCGGCGACGUCGCUCUUGACCGAGCACCUGCAGUAUACACCUUUGUCACUAAUCGACGACAUUAUCAACUCGGUCAAUAACUUUGUUUACCAAGGAGUCGGUAGCCUGGAAACAGGACUCCUGACGACCCCUCCUGAGAAGCUAGGCUUCAAGGCUGUCAAGACUGUGGGCGACGACUGCCUGGAAGAAUUCGAGUUCGCCGAAGCCAAGAGAGAGAUCGAAGAAGGCCUUCACAAACUCGAGACCCUGCUCAACUCGACGGUUGACAAGAACUUUGACAAAUUUGAGAUAUAUGUGCUCAGGAAUAUCCUCUCUGUGCCUGCAGAACUGGUCAACUGGGUCCAGUUGAGUCAUUACGAGAACAUAUCACUUCCGCCGCCGGAGAACGCGCCCACCGUCGAGAGUGUGCAACUCCUGCGGCGCAAGCUGGCCGCCUCGCGGACUGUGUCGUAUGCCCUCAUAGAAGAGCACAAGCGGAAUGAGGCAGUCCUCCGACAACUAAGAAAUCUGAUUGGCAAUACACAUCCCGCAACAAACAGCCUCUCUUUCCUCCUAGACGGCGCCUCUGCCCAGACCCAGAAUGGACCUCAGCACAAUGAUCACCGAGAUUUGACCACCAACACGAACUUUGCUAUCUCACAGCUCCCCGCACUCAAGUCGUUGCUCGCCGAACUGCGACCAAGGCUGGCAUCGCUAAAAGAUACUGACAUGAGCAUCUCGAGUGCCAAGGAUGAAGUCAAAGAGGAGCGCAGAGGUUAUAUCGAGCAACGAACACGAUCGCAUCUAGAGCGCAAUGGGGAAGCCUCGGCAGAAGAUUCUACAGCAUUGCCUGGCAAGCGGGUCGACCCGGAGGAGGUGCAAGCCCUGGAAAAGGUCGCUUCCAUAUUCGACCCGGUAUGAUGGCCAGCGAUGUGAAUUCCAAACACGUGAACUUACCCCACCACGAGAGCGGGCUUGGAUACGAGUGCGUUCGAGACGAUGAGCUCCAAUCGAAGCAGAAUGUGACAGGUCAUAUCUACCUAAGGGGUCAAGAGGUCCAAGCGUGCAUAAGGUUGCGCUGGCCAAAGUUGAGAAAUUCUCCGAUGUCCCGAAACUGGUGAGGGAGAUACUGGUUUUGGAAGGAAGGCAGAAGUUCAUUCUCCAGCAUCUCAGUAUGUUGUGCAUGAAGUGGAAGUCAUGUGGGGAGUGUUGUGUCGGCGCUGGACUUGCCAUGGCACGGGGCAAGGCCCAAAGUGGUUGAAAGAUGGAAUGGGUUUUAAGAUUUUGGCGGGCCAGGAGGUACGAAGACCCAUUUGGCGGCCCGUGGUGUAACCGCUUCGAGCAUGGCUGGUGGGGGAGAGUUGCAGAAGACGAGGGUUUUGCCUGAUGGAAGGGAAGGGCCUGGGUCAUGGCAAAAGUGGCAUUGACGCGGAAGCGAGCAAAAGAUAGAGGAAUUAGUUUCCUCAUCAACCUGCUUUCAGCAUGCCAUGAGGUCGUGGAUCGCAGGCUAGAGGUGCCUUUGCCCGGGAUGAUGGUGGAAAAAGACGGGCCAAUGAGCGAAUAGUGGUUGUCCUGCGACGCAGUCUCAUCCACAGUCCAAUGGGCGUUGAGGCGGUCAUUGCACCGGGAAGCAGCAAGCAGCUGCGCCAGACGAGCCUGCAGCAAAUGAUGAGCCUGGGUGGGUGAAAGAUGCUGGUGCCGAUGCGCAGUUUGCAGGAUUGACAGGUCGGUGAGUGUGAGCUGGCGGAGUCGAUGCCAAAGAUCGGCAGAUGCAGUCCAAUUGGCCAGUCAGAAGCCGCCGAACUGUCAGAACAGGGACCCACUCUGGCGGACCUUACUAUAAAUAUGAUUAGCGCCCUGCAUGCGCCUGUCAACUAGCCAAUCACCCGCCCGGAAGGUGCCAAGCUAUGAGUUAAGCGCUGAACUCCCACUGGC